AGCACUACUACUACUACUAUUACUACUACAACCUUUUUUUUUUCCCACACUCUUCUUGCUGGCAGUUGACUGAUAAUUUUCUUCUAAGGAGUCAUCUGAUUUUGUCGCACUUUAUAUAUUCUUCAUCAUCAUUUCUUACUUCAAUUUUCCUCCUCUUUUUUUCUUCUUUCCCCCCUUUCCAACCUUUUUGUUGGAAACCCUCUUUAAAUACAAUCCACUUCUUUCAUUUUCUCCUUAUAGAGUUUCUUCUACCUUAGACAAAGAAAGAAAAAGAAAGCAAAAGAAGAAAGAAAAAAUGGGUGAUCUUCACUCCAUUGCUUACAGCAGCAGCAGCAGCAGCCUUCUUCACAACUCCUCUUCCCUAGGCUAUGGUCUCCACAAUAAUAACAACAACCAUCUUGGAGUUUUCAACGCAGACUUGUCUCAAUACUUUUUUGAACUGGAAAGCAGCAUAAGUAGUAGUACUCCACCGUUUCUUGCGCAUUUCGAAUCGCCGGAUUUCUCAACGGGUUAUUUGCAAGAUGCUUUGUUCGAAUUCAGUUCCAAGAGAAGGAGAUUAGAGUUCUGCAGCAGCAGCAGUGAUGAUGAUGAUCAUCAACUAGAUAGUUGUACCAAAAGGAUUUGCCAGAGGUCAAUGAACUACUUGGAUGAUUAUGAUCAAUACAUGAGUACGAUAAUGGCGAACUCCGACAGCAUUUCAGUGGAACCAGCAAGUGAGGAAGAAGGAUCCCUAUUCUCAGAGAUGACAAAGACUAAAGAGGAAGCAAUCUCAAGUGCUGACACGUUUGAUAUUUCAUCUUCCAUGAAACAAUUCUCAUCAGUCAACAGUAACACUACUACUACUACUACUACUACUACUCAGUCGUCGGAUUCUGAUAAAGAAAACCUACGUUCUAUAGACCCCAGAUUCCCUUCAGCUGGUACUGGUUUUGUCUUUCUUUUUGGAGUUUUUUUUUUUUUUUUUUUUUUUUCUUUCCUUCCCCACAAAUAUCACUAUCUUGUUCUGCAUUAUUUGCUCUCUGUGUUUCCGUUUUGCUUUACACAAUUGGUCAAAAGGGAAAACCAAAUGUCACAUAAUUGACAAUUUUCCAUUACCUUUUUUUAAAUCAUUAUCAGUGGACAAAUUUUAUCCUCCCUACCAAAUACCAAUAAUUUAAUGUCCUUAAAUUGGUAAAUUCUUAAAGGUGAUUGUACUAUACUAUAUUGAUUGUCACUAGGUAAUUAAUUGUAAUUGUAACCACUAUAGUUAUAGCUAGUCACGUGAUGUAGCAUUCCAUUCAUUUCUUGGUUGUUAUGGUGGUAGUAAAGACUAUCUAAAAUCAUAAAUUUAUGUGUUGCUUAUUAAUUGUACCUCUUCCUUUUUCUUUUAAGUAGCUCGAGUAAUUUGUGAGUCCAACUUGAUCCAAAACUUAUGGCUACAUAUAAUGUCUUCAAAUAUUCCGUCGGUCUUAGAAAAAUAUUCUCUUCAAUCUUUUAACAACAAUAGUAUAAAGUUCGACGAUGAUUAUUUAUUUAUUUAUUUAUUUUACUAUUUCAGGUGGUGUUGUGGAUGAGAAGAAGGGAAAGAAGAGAAUGAUAAACAACAAGGUGGUGUAUCCAUUUGCACUGGUGAAACCAGGUGGAAUAGAAGGGGAUAUGACAAUAAACGAUAUAAAUCAAAGGAUUUUGAUGCCGCCAAGUAGGCCGGUGAGGCAUCCGGUCGGUGAUUUCGCUUGCCGGCCGUUGAUUUCGUCUGCCGACGGACCUGGCCUGUCCGGCAAGGCUGUGGUGGCACUUACCAGAAUUCAUACACAAGGAAGAGGCACGAUCACAAUUGUUCGGACUAGGGGUUGAUAUCAUAAAUCAUGAUCAUCGGAUUAAUUAACUUGUGUAUAGAUUAAACUCCAUAUAUAUGUAGGAAGGGCUUUUGUGUUUCAAUUCCUUUUUGAAUUGUAAAUAGAGCAUUGAGAUGAGAGAGUGAAAGUUAAGAAGAAUGUGCAUGUGGAAACGGAUUUUAUUUUCCCUAGUUACUAAAUUACUUUGUAUCAUUUUUUUCUUUUUAAUUCGUGUAAGAAAAUGAGAGUCCACAAUGCAACUAUAUAUGUAAAUCAAUCGCGAGAUGCUUCCUUCUAAUAUCCACUUAUAGCUUAUAUUGAACGAGUCUCAAAUUUCAG